CUACGGCUCCUGCUGGUCGCCGCGGCCCGGAUCGGGAAGUGUCAAGCGGGAGCCGGCUUCCCCCGCCUUCGCUUCGUCGCUACCACCGCUGACCCCAGAGCCCCUAACAGGCCUGGGCCCAGCCGCCAUGACGAACGUGUACUCCUUGGAUGGGAUUCUGGUAUUUGGUUUGCUCUUUGUUUGUACCUGUGCCUACUUCAAGAAGGUACCUCGUCUUAAAUCCUGGCUGCUAUCAGAGAAGAAGGGAGUUUGGGGUGUGUUUUACAAAGCCGCAGUGAUUGGAACCAGGCUGCAUGCGGCAGUGGCAAUCGCCUGUGUAGUAAUGGCCUUUUACGUCCUGUUUAUAAAAUGAAUUCCUCAGCAUCCAACUCAUCAACUGCCAACCAAGGGGAUGGGGGUGAAGAACCUGUUGGGGUCCUGGGCCCAGCGUAGCAGAGUUCAGCUAAAAUCAUCAAAGUCGCCAGGAUGACACCACAGCAUCCGACCUUACCACAUGUGGGGAAAACUCCUCAUGGUCACAAACAUUGUUUAUGCUUCAGGGGACUCCAGAAAGCCAACUUCCUUUGAUUUACAUGCAGAUCACUCCUCAGCAGAGAGCAUAUGAUGUCCAGAUAAAUUGCAAGAUAAGAUUGUAUACCUCUUGCUUACAAACAUGUCACUUGUUUUGUUCUUCAGCCCCUCAUCAGGAUCUUUUCAAACCGAGACUCAGUAGGGAAGGACACAGGCUGUGUUGAGACCUCCUGGAAGGGGAUAAUUUUCAAGACUUGACUUCUUUUCCUGUUUGAUUUGGAUUGAGCAAAUAGGAAACUCGGGGGAGGCCUGGGUGCAGUGCCAAGAAAUUGUUUGGCUUUAGAAAUUUAUCUUUCAUAAACCCAUCUGGGAACAUAAGAGACAGACAUGGCCCUCAUUGCAAAAAGAGAACACAUGAAGUAGCUGUGCUGUGUGCUGGUAGCUUGGGAGGUUUGCCAAGAGAAUCUGGGCGUACAUAAGGUUUGAGAAAUGAUAAUCUGUGAUGAGACCAGAAAAUAGUGACUUAAACAAGAAAAAUAUUCCUGCUCAGCGAUAUCCUCAGAUGGAGACUUCACCCGAUCAAAUGCUAUGUGGAGAGUGAAUCAACCGUUGCUAUUUUCCUAAAGCCUUUUUAUAUUUUCUAAAUUACUUAGUGCUAAAUACUGUUACUCAAGCAGUUUUAAAUGCCUCCACUAGGGGAAAGAGAAGCUAUUGAAGAAAUAAUUGUUUAAUAUAUUUGCAGCUAAGGUAGAAGAAAUAUAGUGCAUUAAUUCGUAUACUAGUAAAUUCAUCUAGUAUAAGAAUUUGUUAUGAUGUUAGAUGGAUGUUUCGUCAUGUUAUCUAAGAUGCAAACUUUUUCUUUGGUUACGUGUAGAUUGUUAUAGCAAUUUUUAGUUGAUUGUUCCUAGCCAUCUCUUAAUUUCCUUCAUAUUACAGUACUCUUUAGCUGUUCUUUGGAAACUCUCUUUACUAUGAGAACGUGAAAAAUUUGAAUGAGAGAGGUUGCUGAUAGGCUUGUUCGGACAGAUCAUAGACUCCAUGAAUAAAAUGAGAGUGUUUUCAUGUUUUCUGAAGGAAAACAGGUUUGCAAUUGAGAUCGAUGGAUUUUUUUCAUAGGGUAUGGUAAGUCCUGAGCAGAUCAUUUUUGAUGACCCAGCAUUUGAAGGAAAGACCUCUCCAUUCCCUCCCACUCAUCUGUAAAAGGAUCAACCAUUAUAUUUACGAACCCUAGACCUUCUCUAUUAAAAAAAGAGUAGGUUUAAAAAUUAAAUAAGAAGCAUAGACAUAGGUCUACCAGUUACGUUGCCCACAAAGGUGAAAACAAGGGAAUUUAUCCUUGAAUUAUCUGUGAACAGGUUAACAGUGGUUGACCCCUGACCCCUAUGUGGCAGUGAAUUAUGUCUUUUGUCGACCUACUCCAAAAGAGCAAAAGCUGCUAGAAAGUUUAGGUUCUAAAAUAUGCAAUUUAGUGUUUUGAGGGUUUCUAGAAGUAGUAGAAAGUCAUCAAGUAAACACUACAUGUGUUCUCAGAGUUGUGGCUGUCACCUCGUCAGGAAUUGGUCCACAGGGUAAAUUUUCAGGUUGUUUUCUUUCCAUGGUCAUUUCCGAGGAUCUUUCAUAGGAGCAUGGAAAUCUAGUGGAACCGGAAGGAAGACUUACACCUUGUGGGUGUGAGUUUGGACCUGUUCACCAAAGGGAAAGCCACUCCCUGGAAAUACAGGUUCAGCAUGUUUUGCACUUGUUAUUUUGUAGCUUUAAUGACUUUUGUUUUCUAAUAAGGCUGAUGUCGCUAAGCUGCUUCACAUUUUAAACUAGUUCCAUUUCACAGUUCUAGUUCAUACCAAUUUUUACAGCCUUCUGGAUGGGCUGAUCUUGACCUAAAGAAAUGCUUUCAUACCACAGUGUACCAGAAAGUACGCGGGGUGAAGGUAAUUUGCAGCAAGAAACAAAUACACAGCUUAUUUCUUUUCUUGACUUGAGGUAAGCAGAUAAGCAGAAACUUGUUUUUUACUUUGGUUGAUGUGUCUUAUACAUUUUUGACUAAAAUUGUAGGAAGUUGUUCUCUGGGGGAGUCUUUUAGAGGUGAAGGACUGGGGAUAGCAAUAUUGCCUCAGAUUCAAACCGGCAUCACCAUAAACCCUGUGUGUCAGGGUGGAAUGAAGUCAGCUCCUUUUUUAUAAUUGAAAUACAAUUUUUUAUUCACCAUUGUCUGCAUAAAUCCUUGAAAAUAAAAUUUCUUUCCCUACAGUAUUUGUCCAUUUUAUUUGUCACGUGCUGAAUUUGUUGAACCUUGUGGAAUACUCCCCUCAAUUCUGCCCACAGAAUACCUUUUCACUUCACAUUAGUGAAUGCCACCAUUCCUGUUAUCCUCUUGUGGUCACUGAAUACAUGAUAUGGUUCAGAACCUGUGCUGCCGGGCUUUCGCCUUAGGGGGAGCUGAUACGCACGCAUGCGUGCGCGUGCGCGCGCGCGCGCGCACACACACACACACACACACACACACACACAAAAUAUAUGGUAAGUUCUGAGGUUUAUUAAGGAUUUUACCUACCACUACUAUUAACCUUCUCCUCCCCAAUACGUUUUACCUACCAGAAAUAUCAUCUGCCAUUACCAGCCAUAAACUUCAUUCAAAUGAGGUUAUCAGGUUAAACAGUCAGGCACCUAGAAAAGUCUUGAGCCAAUAGGAUGUCUGGCCCAUACAAUAGGUACUUUCCCCCCAUUUGUUUAUUCCACAUGCAUAGUGACACUGGCACAAGUACAAAUUAUAAUUUCACAUUUCAUUUUCCAGUAAUCUUCAAAAUAGGACAAUUCUGAUUCACUCGUAUUCCUGAUUCCCUAUUCCUAUUUCACUGAAAAAGGAGGAGGAAGGAACUGAUAACAUUAAUGUUGUCCUGGCUAAUGUGAGCUAACUAUACUUUAAAAAAAAAAAAAAAAUCAAACCCUUUCCCCUCCAGUCAAUUCAGACUCCUGCCCCACAUGGUUUCCAAGGAGCACCUAGUGGAUUCAAACUGUCGACCUUUUGGUUAGCAGGUGUUGCUCUUAAACACUAUGUCACCAGCAUUUCCAGUUAACUAUAUAUUUGCCACUAUUUUUUUACUCUACUAAUUUUGGGGCUUGAGUUACAUAUGUUUUACUGGGUAUGAAAAUCAUACACAUCCUGGCAAUCCAAUUUGAUGACCACAGUUACUAAAUUCUGGGCAGCCAGAGGGCUGUGUAAGUGAGGAGAGAAGGAUAUGCUUGCCUACCUUUACCCCAUUUCACAGAUAUUCUGAUCACCUAGACCUCGGGUUUAAAUAAUCUGUUCCUCACUUUUCCCUUUGGUAAAAUGAUGUUUGCCUUCUCCCUUGGGAGGAGGAACUCCUUAAGGGAACCAAUUCUCUUACUGGUUUGCUGUCUCCAUGGGAAAGGACCCAUUCACCUAUAAAUCUCUUGAGAUUGAAAGAUCUCAUACCAGAAUCUAGAUGUUUUUAAAUUUAAGACAAAGAAAAAUAAAGUCAAGAUCAACGAAAAAGUAUGGAUAUGGAUAUAAAUAUGUAAAAAAAUAUAAAUAUGUAGCUACAGACAAAUCCAAAGACAACCAGGGCGAUUCAGUAUUGUGGGAAUUUGUUCCUCCCUUUCCUGGAACACAGCUUCUCCUCCGAUCCGCGCGGGGGCAGUAACGCGCUCCCUCGACGAGGCCGCGUGCUGUAGCCGCCGCCAGUGCUCAGUGGUUCUUCCCAGAAUCCUCCGAGUGUUUAAAAGAAGGGUGGAUUUCCGCUUCUUUACGGGAGAGAGGCAUGGGGUGAGGUUUGAAUGGAGUUCUGCUGUGUCGCGUGAAAGGCGCGUGCGUGUCGAGUGUGUGAGUGGAUGCGCGAGUGCUAGUGGGCGCGCGUGGAGAGUGCAAGAGGAGUGCGUGCACCCGCUCCUGCGCCCCUCUUCCCGCCUACACCUUGAUCUUAUUUGAUCGGGUCGUGACCCCAGCCCCGCCGGGCCAACCCGAAAUGAAAAGAUCCCCUCCUGCGAAGCCCCUCGGGGCGCUGUGCGGCGAGGCCCUUUGGGCGGCGGUAGCGCUGCGGUCCCCGAGGUCCCGGAGCCGGUCCGAGGGGGCCCGGCGCUCAGAAAUGAUGAACUGAUCAGAUAGACGAGGCUGGGCUUGUCCCGGGCCGCUGAUUAUCGAGGCGAUUCUGAUCUGA